AUGGCGGGCCACCUCCACCGCCUCCUGCUCCUCUUCCUCGCCGUCGCCGCGACAGCCGCCCCGGCCCUGGCCAUCUUCCACUUCGACUUCCGCUUCGACACCGACGGCCCGUUCUCCGGUGGCAGCGUUUCCCGCCACAACUUGUGGCGCCGCGCCGCCAUCGAGAGCAAGGCCCGGCACGAGAAGAACGCGGCCAAGCUCGCCAAGGCCCUCGGCAAGGACGCCGGCGGCGACAUCACGGCGGCCGACGUGACGGUCACCCCCUACACCCACCAGGGCCACGCUCUGACCGUCGGUAUCGGCACGCCGCCGCAGCCGAGCAAGGUGAUCCUGGACAUGGGCAGCGACCUCUUCUGGACGCAGUGCAGCCUGGUGGGCCCCACGGCGCUGCAGGAGGAGCCCGUCUACGACCCCUCCCGGUCGCGGUCCUUCUCCCUCCUCCCCUGCAGCAGCAAGCAUUGCGAGCAGGGCGCCUUCACCAGCAAGAACUGCACCGACAAGAGGUGCGUCUACGAGAACGACUACGGCGUGCUGACGGCGACCGGCGUCCUCGCCACCGAGACCUUCACCUUCGGCGAGAAACGCGAUGCCGCUGUCAACCUCACCUUCGGCUGUGGCAAGCUCACCAACGGCACCAUCGCCGGCGCCUCCGGCAUCCUCGGCCUCUCCCCGGGGCCAUUGUCGAUGCUGAAGCAGCUCUCCAUCCAGAAAUUCUCUUACUGCCUCACCCCCUUCGGCGAUCGCAAGACCAGCCCGGUGAUGUUCGGCGCCAUGGCCGACCUCGCCAAGUACAAGACCACGGGGAAGGUCCAGACGGUGCCCCUGCUGAAGAACCCGAUCGAGGACAUGUACUACUACGUGCCGAUGGUGGGGUCGGCGACGACGUUGGCGUACCUCGUCACGCCGGCAUUCGAGGAGCUGAAGAAGGCCGUGAUGGAAGGGGUGAAGCUGCCGGCGGCGAACAAGACCGUCGACGACUACCCGCUCUGCUUCGAGCUGCCCAAGGGCAUGUCCAUGGACGCCGUGCAGGCGCCGCCGCUGGUCCUGCACUUCGACGGUGGCGCCGAGAUGGUGCUCCCGCGGGACAACUACUUCCAGGAGCCGAGCCCCGGGAUGAUGUGCCUGGCGGUGGUGCAGACGCCGUUCGAGGGCGCCCCCUCCGUCAUCGGCAACGUCCAGCAGCAGAACAUGCACGUGCUCUACGACCUGGCCGAACGGAAGUUCUCCUACGCGCCCACGCAGUGUGACAAGCUGUGAGCUGCUAUGCAAGCACAAGUAGCGCGCAACGUAAUGUGGUUUUGAGUAUUUUAUGUAUCUUAAAGAUUCAGAGGCCAAGAAAUUUUUGUUUGUUUAAAUUUCUAAAGAACCUUUUUGU